UGUUAUGUCGAGUGAAAAUCAUUCAGUUUCUAAUCUUAAAUUGUCAACCAGAUAACAAUAUAUGGUCAAUGCAAACAAAUAUAUGACUGCCAAACUUUCAAAAUACAAAAAAUUGUAUUAAUAAUAAACUAAUAAAGUUAAUUCUAAUGAUUCUAUGGAAUCAUAAAAAAUUGAUUUAUAAGAUACCUAUUUUUAAAAUGUAGAUUAAUUGUAUCAAAAGAUCUUUAAAUAUGAAAAUAAUUUAAGUUAAUAAUUAGAUCAAUCCGUUCAAUAAUUGCAAAUUAUUUAUUAUUAAUAGAAAGGAUAGAUUGAAAUAGAAUAGUUUGAAAUUGUUAAGAAUUUCACUCUCUACAUGACUUAGAAUAAUAUUGAAAACAUUGUCUUAUAGUUACAAUAAAAAUAACAUUCUCUAUUUAAGAAACCAAUAACUUAAUUAAUUAAAUUUAUGUACUUUCCCUAUGAAUUUAUUAUGAAAUUUUAAAAAGUUAAAACUUAGAAAUUAAAAUUGUUUAAUCAAAGUCGAAAAAGAUCUUUCAAAAAUAUAAAAUAAAAAUAAUCUAAAAUUAAUGAACUUGUAAAAAGAUGGGAAACUCCAAGAAAAUCUUAUAAACUUAGUGUUAUUAUUCCUAUUGAUUAAAAAGGUAAUUAAUUUUGA